GCAGAGUUGAGAAAGAUCGAUGCGCCCGACAGCAGCGGUGGUCGGCGCCAUGGCCGUCAGCGCGUCCCGCCACAUGAAGCGCACGAAGCUCAAUGCGCGCCAGCUGCAGGAAGAGCUUGUUUUGCGCAACGUCAACCCGUUUGGCGUCGUCUUCGCCGAGGGAAGUGAGCGCGAGGCCGAUACACCGACGGGCGCCUACUGCGCGACCGGCGACCUCGGCGCGCUCGAGUACUGGGAGACCAUCGUGCAAGAGAAGGAUGUCUUCUUUUUUUGCAAGGCGCGCAACGUGAGCCAGUGGGCGCCGCCUUGCAGGUACCUCGAGGCCGCCGUGCCGCGCCACGACCCGGAUGACGAAGACAUGACGCUGGUGUUUCCGCUUGCCUAUGAGGAGCUCGACGCGUACCGCCCCGAGACACCGCCCGAGGACGAGCCGCCCGCCGUUGUUGAGCCGUCCGAGCCUGUGACGGUCGACUUGGCAACCAAGCUCGCGCUCAUGGCCGUCUCGGACCUCGAGUGGGCGUACUUGCAUCCGCUCUUCCAGUUCAAGGGCCGCCUCGAUGGCGUUUGGGGCAUCACCCAGCGUACGCGCUACGCCCGUGCGCCCUACACGCUCCAAGACGGUGCGCAGCAGGAGCACACGCCGAGCGAAGUCGACGCCAUGUUUGCGUCCAUGGCUCGGAGCCUCGUCAUCGCCGAACACAACAUUGAAGUGAGCGCCCAGGAGCACUUCGACAUGCCAAAGAUUUACACGGUCGAGGACAUCAACCUCGAGCAGCGGCAGAUCUUUGCGACCGCGUGGGCCGACCUCGGUGGCCUCGCUCUCGCGCGUGGCGACAGCACGACCGCCAUGAACUGCUACCGCCGGUCCCUCUUCUGGUUUGAGGACUUCACCGCGUCGUAUGUCAAGGCGGCGGAGCUCUUGACGUCGCUCGCGUACACGGACGACAGCUGCGACGUGCUGGCGGCCCUGCCCCGCGACCAAGCGACACCGAUUGUCGAGCUCGUGCCCGAUCUGGUCGCGCUCUUUCCGCACUGCAAGCACCUCACGAUGCCCUGGCUGUCGCAGAUGGUACGCCUGGGCCUCCGCUACAUUGUCGCGAUUCUGGUUGGGACCGGCGUUCUGUACGGUCUCGCCUACGUCUGCAUUUUGCGCCGGUGCGACGCAGCGCCAGAGACGUCGAUCGACGCACCAGCAAGCGCUUGCCGCAAGCGCACCAAGCACAUCAAGAAGAAAUCAACGUAACUCUAAAGCUAGCCAAGCCAUCACGAACGA